AUGCAGAAUUUCCAGGCCGUUUCAUCUGACCAAGAACUCAGUGCGACGGACGCCGUCCAAUGUGCCAUGACGCUCUUCGACAUGUUCAAAACCUUGGCAGAACCAGAGGCGAAUGCCUUGCUGGCCAGGAUCCGAGCUGGGGCUGAUCCAAGCCUGCUCGUUGAGCAAGUCAAGCAUGGAAACAUGCUCAUGCAGCUACUCUCGUCGAGUCAAGGAGGUCCGGGUGGCCUAGGCCCGAAGUCGUAUUCAUCGUUGUGA